CCCCCAGGACAAGGUUCGUGGCCGGGGCACGCUGCGCUGGCUCAGCACAUACCGGGCACGGGGCAGUCGGUGCCUCCACGGAGCCGCAGCGCGUCCCGGCCCCACGGCCAGCACCGGGGAUGGAGGCCAGCGAUGGAAAGGAGGAGACCCCGCUGCCCUCGGCGCUGAGCCGGUUUCAGCUCUCGGAGGAUUACGGCUUCCUGCUUCCCAACCCUCUGACAGAGCUGCCGGAUCCCUAUGGCCCGUGGAUGGAGAUCGCCCGUGAGCUGCCCCAGCUGAUUGCGAGCCAUCGGCUCCGCUCACGCGUUCACCAGAUGCCUCAGCUGAGCACGCGGCACCUCCGAGGGCGCGAGGAGCUGUACUUGGCCCAUCUGGUGCUCAGCUUCAUCACCAUGGGCUACCUGUGGCAGGAGGGCGAGGAGGGCACUGUGAAGGUCCUGCCCCGCCACCUCGCCGUUCCCUUCUGGGAGGUCUCGCAGGCCCUCGGGCUCCCCCCCAUCCUCAGCCAUGCAGACUUUGUCUUGGCCAACUGGAGGAGGAAGGACCCCAGCGGGCCACUGGAAAUUGAGAACCUGGACACCAUCAUAUCGCUGCCUGGGGGAGAGAGCCUGAGGGGGUUCAUCCUCGUCACGUUCCUGGUGGAGAAGGCGGCCGUGCCUGGCAUUAAGGCGAUCCUUCAGGCCAUUCGUGCCAUCCGGCAGCUUGAUGAGGAGACCUUGCACCAAGCCCUGCAGGGGCUGGCGACGGCCAUCGGAGCCAUGGGCAAGGCUCUGCAGCGGAUGCAUGAUUAUGUGGAUCCAGCAGUGUUUUAUGCCGUCAUCCGGAUCUUUCUCUCUGGUCUGACCUGUUUACAAAAUGUGGGGGCUUCACUGUGUGGCCGCCCCCUUCCUGAGCACCUUGUCUCCUGGCUCAGCUGGAAGGACAACCCCGCGAUGCCGGAGGGGCUGGUGUACGAAGGGGUCUCUGAGGAGCCCAUGGCGUUCUCGGGAGGGAGCGCGGCACAGAGCACCAUCCUGCAUGCUUUUGAUGAGCUUUUGGGGAUUCACCACAGCCAGGAAAGCACCGCGUUCCUGCACAGGAUGAGGGACUACAUGCCCCCUCCCCACCGAGCCUUCAUAGAGGAGAUCCGCCGGGCCCCCUCCCUGAAGCAGCACGUGCUCUGCUCCGGAGACACGCGGCUGCGUGCGGCUUUCAACCGCUGCAUCACGGCGCUGGCGGACUUCAGGUCCUACCACAUCACCAUCGUCACCAAGUACAUCGCCGUGGCCAAAGCCAAGGCGGGGUGGGCGGAGGUGGGCGGCUGGGCUGGGAGGCCCCCGGCCGCGCUGGAGGCCAAAGGGACCGGGGGCUCGCACAUCUUCAGCUUCCUGAAGAGCGUCAGGGACACCACCAGGGACGGGCUGAUAAGCGCAUGAUGCCCUGGCAGCUGGCGAGGUGCUGCCCAGGGCAGGCGCAGGAGGUUGCAGGACUCAAGCCUAAUGGUGACCGUCACUGACACCCCCUCCCUCCCUUCCCUCCCUGCAGCCCCUUCCCACUCGCGCAGGUCCCAGGCUCAGAGCAAGCUGCCUCCCCUCCCCAGUUCCAAGCCGCUUGCUCUGCAGCAUCCCUGCCUGCCCCACGCCACCCCUGGGCAUUGUGCGCUGCAGCUGCCCCCACCAGGAGGACCCCACCACUGCUCGGACCCCACGGCUGGGAGGGCUGGGCACAGCCCCUAGCAGGGUCUCGUCCCUGAAUGCAGCCAGGGCUGCGGUGCUGCCGUGGCUCUGUUCUGCAGAACGUGGCUGGCAGCUGCUGGAGGCUGGCGCUAGCAGAUACACACCCAGCGCAUCUCUGUUGCUGGAGGAUCUAGUUCUGGGCCGAGUUAAUUAGGAGCAGGUCCCUUCCAGGCCCAGUCUGCAUAUUUGCCGUAGUUAUUUUUCCAUGAUUUCAUGAUUCUCUGCUGGAGUUUACCAGGGCAAACACCGUGCCGCUGUCCGUAGCCCCCGCCAGGCACGCAGGGCACCCAGCGCGGCCCCAGGGCGCCGGGAGGAGUGUGUCACCCGGCGGCCUCGGAGCCCCUCUGCGGAGGCUGCAAGAGCAACUGGAGAGCAGGGGAAUUACACAGGCUAAUAAAGCUGGAAUUCCUAAAAGCUGGCUGUGCUGCAAGGCUCACGCUUCCCCUGCGAGGGCACAGACACCCAGGUGCUGACCCGCCUGGAAACCCAGAGCCCGCUCCCAUCGCGAGGUGGCAGCAGAA